UUUUGACUCAUCUUUGUCUGCUUUUGAGGUUAAAGCUGAUAACCCUCCUGUGGAGACGUGCCUUUGUACCUGUCAAACAGAAUAAGUAGGAGGUAAAAAGUGGAGGCUUUUGUUCUAUUUGUAACAUGAAUGAGAUGUUUUAAAAUCUGACUUUUUGCAGCUCUGUUGACUCAUGACAGUGUGAAAAGAAUAAGAUCAGCCAGCCCAGUGUGGUUCAAAGGAGAGCAUUUUAUUUUUAUUACUCUUAAGAUGUGUUGUAAGACUUGUUAUUAAUCCCCUUCUCUUUCCAGCAGCCAGAGUGAUAUGAUUGUUUAGAAACUGGAUGUGAGAGCUGAUUUGGUGAAAAUAAACUGAUGAUCCUGAAAGUUUGAUCUGAAAAUGUAUGUUGGGAUGGGAACUUUUGGCCUCCUGUCACGGAAGCAGAUGCACCCACUGGGCCUAUGUAAUAACAAUGAUGAGGAGGACUUGUAUGAAUAUGGCUGGGUAGGAGUGGUGAAGCUGGAACAGCCAGAACUGGACCCCAAACCAUGCCUCACUGUCCUGGGCAAGGCCAAGCGAGCAGUACAGCGGGGAGCUACUGCAGUCAUCUUUGAUGUAUCUGAAAACCCAGAAGCCAUUGACCAGCUAAACCAAGGCUCAGAAGAUCCACUCAAGAGGCCAGUGGUGUAUGUGAAGGGUGCAGAUGCUAUCAAGUUGAUGAACAUUGUCAACAAGCAGAAAGUGGCUCGAGCAAGGAUCCAGCACCGCCCACCUCGACAACCCAUCGAGUACUUCGACAUGGGCAUGUUCCUGGCUUUCUUUGUGCUCGUCUCCUUAGCCUCCCUCAUCUUCCUUGUCAGAAUCAAGCUGAAUCAGCGACGUCAGAAUUCCAUGAACAGGCUGGCCGUGCAGGCUCUAGAGAAGAUGGAAACCAGAAAGUUCAACUCUAAGAGCAAGGGGCGCCGGGAGGGGAGCUGCGGGGCCCUGGACACCCUCAGCAGCAGCUCCACAUCUGACUGUGCCAUCUGCCUGGAGAAGUACACCGAUGGAGAGGAGCUGCGAGUUAUUCCCUGUACUCACCGAUUCCACAGGAAAUGCGUGGACCCUUGGCUGCUGCAGCACCACACCUGCCCCCACUGUCGGCACAACAUCAUAGAACAAAAGGGAAGCCCAGGUGCCGUGUGUGUGGAGUCGGGCAACCUCGCACGUAGUCGGCAGCAGCGGGUGACCUUGCCAGUACAUUACCCUGGUCGCGUGCACAGGACCAACGCCAUCCCGGCCUACCCCACACGGACAAGCAUGGACUCCCACGGGAACCCCGUUACGCUGCUGUCCGUGGACCGGCAUGGGGAGCAGAGCCUCUAUCCUCCGCAGACCCCCGCCUACAUCCGAGGCUACCCACCCCUGCACCUGGACCACACCCUGGCUACUCACCACUGCGGCCUGGAGCACCGGGCCUACUCGCCAGCCCACCCCUUCCGCAGGCCCAAGUUCAGCAGCCGCAGCUUCUCCAAGGCAGCUUGCUUCUCCCAGUAUGAGACCAUGUAUCAACACUACUACUUCCAGGGCCUCAGCUACCCGGAGCAGGAGGGCCAGACCCCGCCCGGCCUCCCGCCCAGGGGCCCGUCCCGUGUCUUCCCGUCCACCGGAGGCGGCAGCCUUCUCUUCCCCACUGUGGUGCACAUGGUCCCGCCCUCCCACCUGGAGAGUGGCAGCGCGUCCAGCUUCAGCUGUUACCAUGGCCACCGCUCCGUGUGCAGUGGCUACCUGGCCGACUGCCCGGGUAGUGACAGCAGCAGCAGUUGUGGCCAGUGCCACUGCUCCUCCAGCGACUCUGUGGUGGACUGCACUGAGGUCAGCAACCAGGGCGUGUACGGCAGCUGCUCCACUGUCCGCAGCUCCCUCAGCAGUGACUACGACCCCUUCAUCUACCGCAGCCGGAGUCCCUGUCACACCAGUGAGGCAGGGGCUUCAGGCAGCUCAAGCCGAGGGCCUGCCGCGUGCCUUGAGGGCUCCCUACCGGCCGAGGAGCUCCUGGCAGCACAUGGUCCUGGUGCUGGAAAGGGAGAGCCAUGGCCAGGCCCUGCCUCUCCCUCAGGGGACCACUUGUCUACGUGUAGCCUGGAGAUGAACUAUAGCAGCAGCUCCUCCCUGGAGCACAGGGGGCCUGCUAGCUCUACCUCAGACGUGGGGCUUGAGGCUUCUCCCGGGGCCGCCCUGGACCUCAGGAGGACCCGGAAAGGGGGUCGAGAGGGGCCGUCGUGUGUCUGCUGCCGUGAGCCUCAGCCCUUUGCCCUGGGGCCUGGAGCGGGAGCAGCUGGCAAUGGCAGCACCUUGUUCCUGAGCGCCCCCCUCCAUGAGGGCUGCAGCCACACGGGAGGGGAGCGACAGCCAGGAAGUUCCCAGGGCCUGUAUGGCCUUCACCCAGACCACUCGCCCAGGAUAGACGGGGUGAAGUAUGAGGGCCCGCCUUGCUGCUUCUAUGAAGAGAAGCAAGUGGCCCGUGGUGGUGGAGGGGGCAGCGGCUGCUUUACUGAGGACUACUCGGUGACCGUGCAGUACACGCUUGCAGAAGAGCCCCCUCCCAGCUGCUGCCCAGGGGCCCAAGACCUGAGCCAGCGCAUCCCCAUCAUUCCAGAGGAUGCAGACUGUGACGUGGGCCUGCCUCCAGACUGCCGAGGGACUCGCAGCCUCAGCCCCUGGGGUGGGACGCUGGGCCUGGAUGCCCUGCGGCCCCACAGGGGCUUGGGAACAGCCCAGGAAGAGGAGCAGUUUCCGUGCUCCCAGGCUGAUGUGCGGCUGCGGGCUGGCUGUCUUCCAGAAGGGGCAGGUGCCACCAGGGCCAGCCUCCCUGGUGCCCCCCAGGACACUCAGGAGUCCAACACCCCAGGUGCUGAGGCUGCAGGACCAGGAUCUCGCCCAGCAGAAGGCAGCGGCACAGGAGCCUGAGCUCAGAAGGAACUCUUACUGAAAAAUGGGAGCUGUCGGACUCUACUUCCUUCAAAGAAAAACAAAAACAAAAACAAAAAAAAUUUUUAGCUUUGACAAACACAUAAAAGUGGUAAUACAGAGAGCCCUCCUUUCACCCAAAAUGUGAGCCGCCUGUGGCAGAAGCCGCCUCUCCCGUUAAACCAACAGACAAAAUUCUUAGUUCUUUGCCUCUUUUCAUAACAUGUUAUUCUGUUUUGUAAAAUGUGUGCUUGGGGUUACAAGGUGUGUGGGAUUGAGUUCUCUGCUUUUGUUUCUUUUUUAAAGAUAUUAUAUGUAAAUGUAAAAAGAUAUUUAAAUAUAUAUUUUAAAGAAUCCUAACCACCAAUUUUUGCUGAAAAAGAAAAAAUCACUGCUGCAUUAAAUGAACCACAUCAUGUGUAGAUACUGUUGCCUCCCCAGAGGGAGCUCAGGCCUUUGAAAAGCUCAGGGCUACACCUGCCUUAGAAAAUUAACCAGAAACUUGAAGUAAAGAUAGUUAAUAUGGGUACAAACUCUGAGGAACAAUGCAAAGCUGCCUCUUCCUUGUGGCAGAUCCAAAUGUACAAAAUGUCUUCUUGGAAGCCGUGCCUCUCCAGCCUGUACUUUUAGACAAGUCAUGGAAAUGGCUAGGAAUAAGCCAGAAAGUUUGCAGCCCUAGGAAGCUGGGUCAAACCAUUGCUGCACAAGCCUCAGUGAAACAAGGACACUUCUGCCCCGUAUCCUCAGUCUGUCCCUUUGGGUCAUCCCAAACGAAACAAGAGUUCGCAAUCCUGAUCUUGGCAGACGCCCAGAGUAAUGAGGGCAGUGUAGGUGAGGACCUUUACCUGAAGCCCUGGGGCGGAGGAGAGGAAGCUCUGCCUCUGUGUUCUUGACUUUGGAUUCCUUUGGAAGUACAUUUCGGGCUUCCUGCCACUGGCUGUGAAACGGUUAGACAGGGAGUGUGGGCAAACACCCAGAAGGAAUGUAGUUUUUGUGGCCUUGGUGUCUGACGGGGCUGAGGCGGAUUGCUCUCCAGGUAGCCCGCAGCACACUGCUCUGUGGAGAAGGGGCGCAGGGCGCCUGCCUGUGCACAUGCUGUGUGGUGGGCGGAGCUGAGCACCUUUGGCUACUGUUUCUCUGGGCUGCCUUCCUUGGGGUGGCACGUCAAGACCCCAAGAGGAGGGGUGCCCUGAGCUCCCUUUGGAUGGUCUUUUCCCCAAUCCCUUUUGCCCUACAGAAGCCCCACUUCAGGGUUAUUCAGCCCUCUGCCUCGUGGCUGAAAUUGCUCAUCUCACCUGCAAAUGUCUACUAAUCUAUCUACCUAAUGCACUAUUAUAUAUUGAUUCUCCAUGAGAUAGGCUAUCAGAUAGUUUAGACCCAAAGGGUAGUUUUUUGUAUAUUUUUCCAGCCUUUUGCUUUUUUAAGGGGCAGGGAGAGUUUUUAAAAACCCAAACCAUUUUUAAAGGUGUUGAAAAGGUGUUUAAAAGGUGUUUCAUUUCUAAAAGGGAGAGACUCUAUUUAAAACUACUUCAGAUCAGGGAUUAUGGUUAUCCUUUUUGUCCAGUUUAUUCUUGUUCCUAAGGAAAACUAGUCACAUUAGCCCUUUAUGUUCACUAACUCUUAUUCUCCCUCUCUCUCUCUCUCUCUCUCUUUCAUUUAGCAGACACUUGUUGCCAUCUGAAAGAGUAUGGCCCAUUGAGUAUCUAAAAGCUCAUUUGGGAUAGGGAUCACCAUAGGGUGUCAAAAGACUUACUGACUGACCCCUCUGCAGUCAGGCACUCAGGAAGUCAGCCCAGGGUCCAGGCUGGAACAUUUUGAAAAAAAGUCUCACUAUAUCAGAAUACUUUUCAGACCCCAACCUAUUACUAGGAAAUUCUUUCUAGCCAGGAUUUGACAGAAGGAAAUCCCACCAUCAAGCCAUUUGCCAUUUAGGAACUCUGGUGAGAUUUACCCUCCAGCCUCUGGGGUACACUCCCUUGGGGGCUGUUCCCCUGGGCUGUGCCUAGCACACCUGUUGGUGAGGGUGUGAGAAGCGCCUAAACUGUUGACGUGGGAUUCUGGCUGCCUUUAUUUCUGGGGCCAGGAGUAGCAGCUGCUAAGAACAACAGCUUGUGUUACAUGGUUUCAGGGAGGGGGUGGGUUGUGACUUUUAACAUGAACUGCAGAAAGCAGCUUCUUAUUGUUGAAUUUUUGUUUGUGGUUCUGCUUUUUUGUUUUUAUUGCCUUUGAGUGCAUAUUAUCUUUCUUUUCUGAAAUCCUACCCCCAAAGCAGCUUUCUUCAGCCCUGGCUGGAAAACUACCCCUCAGUGUAGCGUUAAGCAGUAAA